CCCACUGUAGUAGAAAAACUAUUGAUUAUUCAAGCAGGAAUCUGGACCGCAGAGCAGACAUUCCCUCCUAAGAGAAGCUGUUCCUCGUUGCUCCAGCCGUUCAUCCUUAAACGUCUGACAUCACAAGGGUGUAAGCUUCCAGUCUCCCAUGGCUCUACAGGAGCUGGGCAUUAGCCUGUCCAUGAUGGGCGUCGCUGGUACCAUGUUGAUCUGCGGUCUGCCAAUGUGGAAGGUCACGGCAUUCAUUGGCACCCAUCUGGUGGUAAUGCAAGUGUUCUGGGAGGGUUUGUGGAUGACCUGUGUCAGCGAGUACACCGGUCAGAUGCAAUGCAAACUCUACGAUGCCCUGCUGGACCUGUCACCAGACCUCCAGGCAGCCCGUGGGCUUGUUUGCAUCAGCCUGGUGUUGGGAUGUCUGGGAUUUCUCAUCUUCAUCCUGGGAGGUCGGUGCACCAACUGCCUGAGCCACCCCCGGAUCAAAGCUCGGGUGGUGCUCAGCUCUGGGGCAAUCUUCUGCUUGUCAGCCCUCACCACAAUAGUUGCUGUUGCUUGGACUGCCAACACCGUCAUUACAGAUUUCCACAACCCCCGAGUCCCCGAGGUGCUAAAGAGAGAACUUGGAGCAUCCAUUUACAUAGGAUUUGCUGCAUCUGGGCUGCUCUUCUGUGGAGGGGCCAUUCUUUGUACAACCUGUCCACCAGAAAGAGCCAGAUUCCCCUCCAGUGGGUACAUGGUGGCCAAGACUCCCACACGAAGCAGCUAUGCCAUCAAGAACUAUGUAUGAAAAUACGACCCUAGACAAUAAGACACCAAAACUAGAACCUUGUUGACCUUUACUUACUUCUUGUUGAAGUCUAUUAUGAUGCUUGCUGCUUAAUUACAAUACCCAUUUAAUAAGGGGAAAUGGUAGAAAAACAUUUUUAGAGCUCUGUAAAUUAGCAUCUCUAAAAUAUUUCAUCUAUAUAAGCAUUUAUACCAUUUUUAGAAGUUGGUUGAUACACUGCAUUACAAUGAUAGGUUUAAAUUCUAAGAGCUAGAGGACAACUGCCCUUCCUUUCCUCUUUCUUAAAAGCUUUACCUAAAAAAUAAUGUAUUUCCCUAAUGUAAGCAGUAGAAAAGAACAUUAUAUUUUGUAUAGGGUCCUAUAGGUCCUAAUAAAAUGUUAACAGUAACUCUGUUAUAGAGAAGGAAAUAAAUUUAAGUAACAGCUAAAAUUAAACUUGUUUAACUUAAGUACAAGCUAGCAUUAGCAUUGCAGCCUAGGAAGCUCAGAGUUAAAUUUGAAAACUUCCAAUGCCAAAUGUGUCAAAACUAAGUAAAAGACUCGUGUUUCUCCACUAAUGUGGUUAUUUAAUGUUGCUAAGGGUGUUGCUUUAAAAUCACUUGUCACAUAAGAAGAUAUCCUGUAGUAAUAACUCAUAUGCUGCAUUGAGCACAUUUUAUUGCAAUAUGUGGGACAACUUGUUCAUGCAUACACAUUUGUUUCCAUUGGCAUGCUUGGGUAUAUACACAUACUGAGGGCAUUUGUCCACGGCCCUUUAGAAGAACCAAGAGUGUUUGGCUAACUGUUAGGCUACUCAAGCUAACUGUUAUAAUACAGAGAAGGGGUUAUUCAAGAGCAAAUGUCCACCAUCUGAAACUAACUACGCAAAAAUUGAUUACUACCAUUUAGAAUGACUACUAUUUUGAAUAGUUUAUAUACUACAAUAGUUUUACAAUCCACAGUCUUGCUAUCUUCUUAGGCGGUGUAAACAUUAGUUUGUUCACAAUUUUUUGUUGUGUUUUGCCUUAUGUAGAUCAAUGUAGGUGCAAUUUGUGGCUCCAGGGCCACAUGAUGAUCUCUACAACUUUCACUGUAUCCAGAAAUGAUAGAGGUAUGAGAAAAUAUGAUAUGGUAUCAAAAUGAGAAAAUUAUUUUGAAAGCAAAGUUAAUUUAGUUUUAUCAGUUCGUCUGUCGAAAAAUCUGUAUUUAAAUUCCACAACAAAAUAAAGGUUGAUAUCAGGGACGUAUUUUAUUUUAGUCCCUUUUUGUGCAAAUUGUGUUUUCACUUGUAAAAUGAUUUGUUUCCCUCUCUGUAAAGGUUUGAUGUUUUUCUUUCUUCUAAAACAGGAAAAUAGAAAAAAAAAAAAAAAAAAUCUAAUUGAGGCUCCUUAAGUUCACAAGAUGUAUAUUGAACAUUUGCUGUAUGUAAACAUCAUUAGUUACCUUUUCUCUAAAAAUUAUUUAGGUUUUGCAAUUUCAUGUAGUGGGCGUGAUAAGUAAGAAAAAAUAGCUCCUUUAAUUGUAGUGGCAUCAAUCAGGACCCACAAGACCCUUCUCUGUUGACAUUCAUAUUGUCCUCAUGCUACUAUGAGUCACAUGUGGAAAACAGAAGCUCUCUGGACAAAUGAUAAUCAGACUGUUCACACGGUAAAGGUCAGCCCUGUUUUUCAUGAGUGCAGAACCAAUGUAGCUGUCCCCAGGGAAUUUAAGAUCUAAGACUUUUAUUAAGGUUGGCCUGCAACUAUGUCCAAGUCUUUAAUUUUGUUCCACUGGGUUGAGUUUGACACCUCUGAUCUAGAUUUUUCUGCAUUCAUUCUUCCAUUCAUCCAGAAUAGUCUCCUAACCCCUGUUGAAUAAGAUCAGUGCACAUCAUGAUACUGCCACCACCAUGUAUGAUUGUAGCAAUGGUAUAAAUGAGACAACCUCUGGUUUCCUUUUCAUACUGCAGAUAGGAAUUCUGACGACAAUUCAAUCUUUGUUUAACCAUAUCAGAUGUUGCUUCUCACUGCUAGAAGUUGUUCCUUUCAUGUUAAGACAGGUCUCAAACAGAUUCCCCAUAUUUCUUGUUUUACUUCACAUUCGAUAAACAAAAUACUAAUACAUAAAUCAGGCCAGAUAUAACUCCAUUUGUAAGGCAAUCCCCUUAGGUGUUGCCAGUUAGUUUAACAAAGAAAGUCAGACAGCAUAUUUGUAAAUCUAAUCAAGAUGUGAUGUACUAGUGCAGGCAGUUACAUUUGCAAAGUUGAAGUUGUGAUUAUUUGUUAGAAUGCACAAAGCACAUAUAAUUUUAAAUGUUAGUUCGCAGGUUAAUUUUAGUGACAGAAAUAAAAACUGUAGAACAUUCGUGUAUUUGAUUUAUUGUUCUGACGUUCCUUUCCAAAGCCAAGAGUGUAACGGAUGAACAAUCCAUUCUGCGGCAGAUAAAAUCACAAGUUUGAACUUGUGACUGAAAACAAUCCAAUUUUACUGUUCAGAGCUACCAAACUCAUAGCUAAAAAUGCAUUGUCGCUGAAUUUAACUUUACACGCGUUUAAUUAGAUUUCCUCCCAGAAUCAAGGCCCAUUGUCUGAAAAAGCAGAGCACAGGGGAAGCUUUGUUUUCUCCCCUCUACUCAGGAGACUGUGAUAAAUGGA